UGCUUUUUAUCUUCUCUAUUCGUCGUUGCUGUUCGACAUCGUUGCUUCGCAUGAGAGAUUUGCACAAGUCGCUUCUUCAGCUCCUUCUUUCGUUUUUGUUCUUACUUCGCUGCAACGAUUCGCUUAUUCCUCUUCUUCGACGACGUUCCGUUCCUAUCGGAUCGGAAAUCACCACAUUUCGCCGACGGGAGCUCGCUCUCUGUGAAGGAUUUUAUGAGCUGUGAUGGCUGAAGGAUAGCAAGAACGAUACGGCAAAAUUCACGAUGUGCACAUCUAAGCUUCUCCGUAUAUGCUCGCUUGAUGCCGAGAACCCUAUAGAUUCCUCGCUCAGAGAAGCCUUCUCAUCUCUCCACGACCGCCUCAAACCCCCAUUCCCACUAACAAUCCCUUCGCCAUCCGAAUACUCGCAGCUCAACCUCGCUCUCGCCUAUGGCAUCCUCACCGAGCCCCACCUAGCCAAGACCCACCUCACCCAUCUCCACGCAAUCGUCAUUGAUGGCUACAAUCACUUCACCACAAUCCUAAUCAAUCUCUCCAAUGAAUUCUAUCCCAAGCUCCUCCAAAUCCCAAAAUCGCAACUUCUCUGGAUGUCUUCUAAGCUCGUCCAAGUCGCCGCCGUCAAAGUCGAAACCCUAAUCAUCUCUCUUCUUCGGCAGAUCAAAGGCGGCGACUUUUCCGAGCCCAACCUCUGGCUUUGUUCCGAACUAAUAACCAUUUUAGCCAAUAACUGGGAUUGGUUAUUGGAGGAGCCCUUGAUUAUGAAAAGUUCAUUGUUUGUGUUCCUUCGCUUGCUGGCCGACCACUACAGAUUGGUUGGUAGACCAGAGUUAGAUAAGUUGAAAAGGAUGGAGAUUGAAUUCUGCAUUCGGGUUUUAAGAGAGCAUUUUGAUAUAUGUCUACAUAUUGGUCGAGAUUUAAUUCGGCUUCUUCAAGAUUUAGUUUUUGUUCCAGAGUUCAAAGAUGUAUGGAUGGAUUUUUUAUCUGAUCCAGGAAAGUUUGGAGUGCCAGUUUUCAUGGAUAUCUCGCAACUUUAUCGAACUAGAACGCCUUCACACUACUUUUCACUCACGAUUACCCCUGAGAUGGAGACUCAAUUGAGAUUUCUGCUUAAUCAUGUAAAAUGGGGGAGCCAGAAGAGAUACCAGGCUUGGUUUGCAAAGAAGCAUUUUUGCACACCUGGAAGUGAGACUGUAAUUGUUGAUAUUGUCAGGUUCAUUUGCUGUGCGCAUCAUCCAUCAAAUGAAAUCAUUCAAUCAAAUGUUAUUUCUCGAUGGGCGAUCAUUGGUUGGCUAUUGAAGUGCUGCAAGAAGAACUACUUCUUGGCUAAUGUGAAGCUUGCUUUGCUCUAUGAUUGGAUGUUCUUUGAUGAGAAGGUUGAUAAUAUAAUGAACAUAGAGCCUGCAAUGCUUCUGAUGGUGAAUUCCGUAAACCAAUAUAUCGAUAUUACUCACACCUUGCUGGAGUUUUUGUUUCUGCUGGUUGAUAAUUAUGAUGUACAAAGGAGAGAACUGGUUUUUAAGGGAGUUUCAAAUUCGUUCAGUUUAUUGGUUAGGAAAGGAGUUGUUCAUUCUUUGGAAUCCUUAACUUCUUGCAACCAACUUUCAUCUGUAUUUAGAGAGAAGCUUGCUUCAAUGAUAUCAAGUUCAGACCUUACAACUGUGAAAGGAUCAUCUGAAAUGUGUGAAAGACAGGUAAAGAUGGCCUCCACCACAAAAUGUAAUGUAGAUUCUGGCAAGGUAUCUGUUGCCAAUUUUGAGCUACAAUGAUGCUGGUUUACAGUGAGAUCUGACUGAAGACAUAUGGAUGAGACAAUUUGAUGUUGAUAUUUUAAAACUGAUUCACAGAGGAUUAACCAGAGAUACUUAGGGCAUUUCCAAGCGAAAAUCCCAUUUUUUACUCCAAAAUGCAGUGAAAUUCAUAAAUGAUGUGAUUCAUCUUCAAUCGAACCCCAUUUUACACGCUUCUGUAA